UUUCGUUGGAGUGAGUUGCUUCAACCAAAUUGCAAACGUCAAUAAUAUGAGGUCGGUUUUCAACAAAAUCUUAUUCUCCCCACGCUUGCCAGUCGCCACUAAAUUUUGUGAAUCCCAUUUCACAAUUUUUCUCCAUUGAAGAGAAUUGUGAUUAUACGUAAGCUCCAAACUUUCCCAGUUUCCCAGAUAUUUUGGUAUUUUACCAGCAAAAUUAAAGGAUAAUGACAAUGUCAAUGUCCUCAGUUAUUACUCCAUCAACUCUAUCUCUUAGUCUUACUUCUUCAUCAAUCAAAACUAGACCCCUUUUCCCUUCUCUUACUUUUUAUCGCCCUCGAUUGCCUCUUCAAAACCGGCUUAGGAGUUGUCAUGUCGAGUGUGCUUAUUCAGGAACCAACAUGGAGGAAAACUUCAAAUCUGCUACAAUAGACAUCGUAGCGAAUGUUCAAACUGAAAAGCUAGUUGUUCUGGGAGGCAGUGGUUUUGUUGGCUCUGCAAUAUGCAAGGCAGCUGUAUCAAAGGGCAUAGAGGUUGUAAGUCUAAGCAGGUCAGGACGUCCUCGUAUAUCAGAAUCUUGGGUAGAUCAGGUUUCUUGGGUACCAGGGGAUGUUUUCUAUGUUAACUGGGACGAAAUCCUUCUUGGAGCCACUGCUGUUGUUUCUACCUUGGGAGGUUUCGGAAACGAGGAGCAAAUGAAAAGGAUUAACGGUGAAGCCAAUGUUGUUGCUGUAAAUGCUGCAAAAGAAUAUGGAGUCCCAAAAUUCAUCUUAAUCACAGUUCAUGAUUACAAUCUCCCACCCUUCUUGCUUGAAUCUGCAUACUUCACUGGAAAGAGGAAAGCUGAAUCAGAGGUUCUUUCUAGAUACCCUAAUUCAGGAGUUGUAUUAAGGCCAGCUUUUAUAUAUGGUAAAAGAAGGGUGGACGGCUUUGAGAUCCCUCUCGACUUGGUUGGGGAGCCAUGGGAAAAGAUUUUAAGUGCUACAGAGAAUUUGGUUCGGCCUCUAAACUCUCUUCCCGCUUCAGACUUGGUUUUGGCACCUCCUGUUAACGUAAAUGAUCUCGCACUGGCAGCCGUCAAUGCUGUCAAAGACAAUGACAUGUUUGGUAUCUUUACAAUCGAACAAAUUAAGCAAGCUGCGAAAAAUGUGAAGGUGUGAUCAUGUAAAAUGAUACUUUCGUAAGCAGUCGCAUGACUUUGCUAGCUAGUGACUGAAUAGCAUGAUUUUGUUGUUAGAAGUUAGAACUAUAGACCUCAAUGGUAAUGACUAUUGUGUAUAUUUAAAGCUACAGGGGAUUAAGCUAGCAAUAGGUGGUUGUUUUAUGCAAAAUUAUAGAGAUGUUUGGCUAAAAACGAUGUCUUUUAAAUGCUUCUUUCGUUGUCAUUCGAGUGGAGUUGGAAGUGUGUUGUGUCAGCAUGAGAGCCCCUGUGCUGGUUAGUUGAAGUUGCGUUUGGUUAA